UAUGUUUUAAGACAUAACCAGAGAUAAAAAAAAAUAUAUAUAUAUAUAUUAAUGAGUUAUGGGAAUACAGUUCAGUCCACGCUGUAAAUAAGUAAAGAAGAAGAAAAGGAUACCCCAGUAUUUUUUCUGUUUUAUUCUCUCUCUAGUGUCAGUGAUCCCACUGUAUUUUCCAUGUGCCAUCCCAGGACAUUACCCAAAGGUGUCACCAGGUGGCGCAUAGUGACCCGGAGGAACAUAAACCCUCCUGAAGGCAAAGGCUGCAGAGUAAAUCCUGCUGUGAAGUUGUAAACAAGCUUUCGUUGUGUACCUCUUUAUUUUCAUAUACAGUUGACCAUGAUGCAUUCAGUCUUGGCAAACCAGAUCUUAUCAGCAGUGGGAAGAGGCCAUCACCAUUUGGAAAGUGCUAACGAAGCCCAAGACACAGAUUCCAGCCUCUCACAGGUGACCGCAGCAAACAAAGAGUUUGCCUGUCAUUUGUACAGAAAGUUAGCGGCUCAUGCUGACUUUCAAAGCAAAAACAUCUUCUUCUCACCGGUUAGUGUUUCUACUGCCUUGGCUUCCUUGUCUGUAGGAGCCCGGGGGGAGACCCACCGGCAGCUUUUCAGUGGUCUGGGUUUCAAUAGUUCCCAGCUCACGCAAACAGAUGUAGAUCAGUCCUUCUGUACGCUCCUUCAAAAUGCAAAGAGCGACAAUACCAGUGAAGGGACAGCCGUGUUUGUGGAUAACCACUUCAAGCUGCAGCCUGAGUUCCUUGAGGUCUUGAAGCAGUCCUAUUUUGCAGAAGGGUUCAAUGUUGAUUUCACCCAAACCACAGAGAGUGCCGAUACCAUCAAUAAGUAUGUGGAGACCAAGACCAACGGGAAGAUUGACAAGCUGGUUGAAAGCCUGGAUGAGAAUACAGUCAUGUACCUCAUCAGCUACAUAUACUUUAAAGGAAGGUGGGAGACUCCGUUUUGUCCACAGAUGACCAGGGAAGACCAUUUCCAUGCACCUAAUGCUAAGGUUCCAGUCCAGAUGAUGUAUAUGGAAGAGGAUGUUGAUGUUUAUUAUGACCAGGCCAUAAACACAUCAGUCCUCCGCCUCCCCUUCAAGGGCACCCACUCCAUGUUGCUGAUGUUGCCUGAUGAUAUGGCAAGAAUGGAGAAUGCCAUAAGCCCAGGUCAUGUCACCGAAUGGCUAAAACUGAUGGAGUCCAGGAGAUACAAAAUAUAUGUUCCAAAGUUCUCCAUCAAGACUUCCUACAUACUGAACAAUGUGCUGACUGAAAUGGGAAUGGCAGACAUGUUUGGUGAUCGUGCAAAUUUGACUGGUAUUUCAGAGGAUCAUCAACUGUUUGUCUCAAAGGUUGUACACCAAGCCACCCUGGAUGUUAAUGAAGCUGGAGCCACAGCAGCAGCUGCCACAGGCAUCGAGCUCAUGUUCGGGUCCUCCCGCUUCCGUCCAGUCAUUCCGGUCUUGAAGUUUGACCGUCCAUUUAUGGUCAUGAUCACUGAACGCAACACAGAAAACAUUCUUUUCAUGGGCAAGAUUAUCAACCCAAACAUCUGAUGGAGGAAAUAUUUUGUGUUCCAGCAUGACUGUUGCAAUACACAUAAAA